UUCUAUGGAUAUCAUUUAUAAGAUUCUUCGUAUGACGACAUUAUCUACCUUAUUCAAAUUGAUAUCAACCGAGCAGUUAGGGGUCUGCUCCAAUACAACUUUAGGGGAUCUUCUUACCUGUUGUGAUAAUUAUCGUAAAGUUGGCGAUAUAUGUCAAGAAUGCUUGGCAGGGACAUUUGGUACAAACUGCAACCACACUUGUCCAGAAAACAUGUAUGGAAGAUUUUGUAAUGAGGUGUGUGAUUGCAAGGAUUGUGACAAGGUUUUUGGUUGUCAAAAAGAUACAUUGGAACAACAACCUGUACAGAUUUGUAUAAGAAUUAUUACUGUAUCUACAUUCGGCAAUAUUAUCAUCUGCGUUACAUGUGCAAUUUUCGUUUAUUGUAAAUUUUGGUAAGACG